CAUCAGCGUAUAGCUCAAUAUGUUCUCAAUGUUUGAUAAAUAAAAAACGAUAAAAUUUUAACCAUUCUAUUUUGGAUUUACUAUUCUUAAUCUUAUCAGAACCAGAGCAUUGAUCUCUAUUUAUUUGGAUUAAUAAUUAUCUAUUACCCACAGUGACAGUGACAAUUAUCAUUCGGCUACUAUCAAUACCCUUGUAGAUAAUCAUUUUGCUUAUGUAUGCUCUAAAUUGAUGCAUGGACAGCUGAUAAAAUCACGUGUGUAUCUUUUAAAACCCAAAUGGAUCAAUAACAGUAGAACAUUAGUUUUACUUCAACUUUUAGGUAUACUGAAAUUGUAAAAGAUGCCAGGAUAUGUCCAUCAGCAUAAAGCUUCGCGUGCAGAAGUUUCAAUAAAAUGGAUAUCAACGAUUUUUAUAGCACUUCUGUUCCUGGUAUGUUUGAUACACAGCAAAAUAUCAAUGCUAGCUUUGUCUAGUGCUAUGCAUGCAAGUAAUGAUAAUCUCGACCGUCAUGCAAGAUGCAGAAUGUUCGUUAUAUUACAAAUAAUAUCACUCGUGCCACAUGCCAUAAAUUUGAUUCGGGGAGUGUGGGGAGGUGUCCUAAGAAGAGAUAGGAAAUGGCCAAAGGGAAAAGUAAUGUUAUUUGCGACGAUGGUAAGCAUUAUGGAAGCAGGUGGUCUUUGUUCAUUUAUCUUUUAUAUACCAGGACUCAGUAAAACGUAUCAUGUUAUUCUGUUGAUGAACUGUGUGAUAGUUUGUCCACUUCUUAACACCUUUUGGAACAUCAGAAGACUAAACUUCAGUACUCGAAAUUUACAGCAAUAUUGUUGUUGUAAAUUUACAAGUGCCUAUGCUCUCGUGUGCGUGGUUGUUGGAAUAGUUUGUACAAUUUUAAUGUUGCUACACACAUCAACAAGAACACUUAUAACAGCAUCUAUAAGUGUCAUACUAUUGUCUGUAGCUUGGAGUCCUUCAAUUCAAAAAUAUCUGGUGGAAAGUGAAAAGGAGAUCAAUAGCGAGAGUAGAAGAAAUGAUGGUCCAUGUGCAUCAAGCAGUAGUAUACAAUUUGAAGAUAGUCCAUAUUCAUUAGGUCAAACAAUAAAUCAAAACACAUUAGAAAACACAACAUGGAAAUUAACUGCACUAAUGUCACUAGUAAAACUGCUAUCAACUUUUGGAUUUUCUUUGCUGAUAUUGUUUGUAAGCGACAUGUCACCUUUUCCUGAAAAUUUUGAAAAAGUCGAUGUUGACACUUAUAAGAAUGCAUGGAUAACGUUGUUUGAGUGCAGUCGAGAGCAAUUAUUCUAUUUCUACACACACAUAACAUCAGGUUUUGUCGGAAAGUAUCGCUUAUUAUAUUUCUUAACAAAAUCAUAAAAUUAAGUUCAAGAGUAUAUGAAGUGUUUGUAAAGGUCUUUUUGCUCAUCUACGGAGCUAUUGUAUUUAAUUCUUCCUCUUCAAAAUCUCUUUCAAACUUUGAAAUAAAUAGUUUUAUGUGAUAAAAUUGAAUUAUCUCAUGAAAUUAUAAUAUCACGUUUAUUUGUCAUAAUUGUC